GCACACGAAUCAUGGCGGCGACAAGAGAAAAUGAAGGCUUUGGUUUUAUUUCGAAAAUAUGGCCCUUUUUGAGAGCAGAAUGUGAUUCAAAGCAGGUGGAGAUUUUCAAAGGAGCAGAAACCGAUGAACUUCGCCGAAUCUUCCUCAAGUAUGCGAGUAGUAAGACACAGGAAGGGGAGGAGUAUAUGACCUACUCGGAUCUGAUCCACAGCUACCUGGGUAUUCUCCGUGGAGAUGACUAUGACGAGUACACGCUCCAGUUGUUUGGUUCUAGUGUGGAUACUUCCAGGAACAUGAAGAUCUCGUUUGCAGAGUUCAAGGCCUUUGAAUCUUUACUGAGACUGCCAGACUCCAUGUAUGCUCUUGCCUUCCAAAUUUUUGACAGAAAUGGAAAUGGAUAUAUUUCAUGCGGGGAAUUUGAAGAGAUUAUCCAACAUACAACACUCAAUAGAAAGAUACCUUUUGAUUUCGACUGUGAUUUCAUCAAACUCCACUUUGGCAAAGAUAAAGAACGUAAAGUGACAUAUCCCGAAUUCACCCAAAUGAUCCAUGACUUCCACGACGAGCAUGCUCUUCAAGCGUUUCGCAGGCUGGACAAGAGGAGUACAGGUUACAUCAAUGCCAAGGACUUUGAGGAGAUCAUGGUGUCUCUCAAGAGCUAUCUCCUCACAAGUUUUGUCAAGGAAAAUCUCGUAACAGUAACAGUUGGUGGGGAGAAGCACAGACAGGUGAGCUACUCCUUCUUUAUGGCCUUUAUUUCACUGCUGAAUAACAUGGAACUGGUGAAGAAGAUUUACAUGUCCGCUACACGACGUGAUACUACCAAAGAUGUCACAAAAGAGGAGAUGCUCUAUCAGGCACAGGAAUACUCUCAGAUCACGCCGCUGGAACUGGAUAUUCUCUUUCACUUGGUUGGGUUGAAGCAUCAGAGAGGGAGAAUGUCAUAUGAAGAUCUGGACAAAAUUUCACCAAUGAAAGGACGAGAAACUCCAUUUACAAUUCAAAUGGCUAUUGCACAGGAAAAAUUAAAUCUAGAGCAAGGGAAGGAACGAUCUGGUUGGCUUGGUGUACUGGAGAGUGUGUACAGAUUUGCUUUAGGAUCUGUAGCCGGAGCCACUGGAGCCACAGCAGUCUAUCCCAUAGAUCUGGUGAAGACACGUAUACAGAACCAGCGUACGGGCUCCAUGGUAGGAGAACUCAUGUACAAGAACAGUUUUGACUGUUUUAAGAAAGUCAUUCGACACGAGGGUGUCCUUGGACUUUACCGUGGUUUAGGACCCCAGUUGGUUGGUGUCUGUCCGGAAAAAGCUAUCAAACUCACGAUGAAUGACUUUAUGCGAGACAAUCUUAUGGACAAAGAUGGAACUCUCCCUCUCUGGGCUGAAUGUGUUGCAGGAGGCACGGCGGGUGCAUCACAAGUUAUGUUUACAAAUCCUUUAGAAAUUGUGAAGAUCCGACUGCAAGUAGCCGGAGAAAUAGUCGGCAAGACUCGUGUCAGUGCCUUUACCGUGAUUAAGGAUCUCGGAUUCUUUGGGCUGUACAAGGGUUCCCGGGCCUGUUUUCUAAGAGACAUACCUUUCUCAGCUAUCUACUUUCCUGCCUAUGCACAUUUAAAGAAAGCGUUUGCUGAUGAAAAUGGUUACAACUCACCUGGUACUUUGCUGCUGGCAGCUACAUGUGCAGGUAUGCCUGCAGCUGCUCUCCCCACACCUGCCGAUGUGAUAAAAACGCGACUACAGGUUCAGGCUCGUAAAGGACAGACAGUCUACACAGGUCUGAUGGACUGUGCCAGAAAGAUUUAUGCUGAAGAGGGAUUUGCUGCCUUCUGGAAAGGAGCACCAGCACGAGUAUUUAGAUCAUCACCGCAGUUUGGUGUGACGUUGCUAACAUACGAAUUGUUACAAAGGUUGUUUUAUGUGGAUUUUGGUGGCAGGCGGCCAGAAGGUUCUGCAGGCAAGUCUCCUGUCCUUGAAGAGCAAUUGUCACGGAACCCAGACCACAUUGGAGGUUACAGACUUGCUAAGGCAACCUUUGAUGGAAUGGAGUCAAAGUUUGGUCUGUGCUUACCAAAAUUCAAGUCCUCGGCAUCUUGAAGUUUUAUGUUUAUAGAAACGUCAACAUUUUUUAAGAAACAGGCAGGAAGAAAGAAUGAAAACAAGUUAAAAAACAGAAUUGCAGAGCUUUAUUGAAGACAUGGACUCCUUGUUUAUAUAGCUAGUUUUUGUUUUAAAAAUAAACCAUUAUUUAUUAUACUAUUAACAGUGUGAAUAUAGAUCUAUAUUAAAAACUUCCACCUUGUUACCCCUAGAAUACCUGAAAAGGAUGACAGCAACAAUGGAAGUUGUCACCAAAUUAACUAUUUAGGGUAAGAAUGGACAAUGUUGACGACUGUCUAUGGAACAUUUUUGGAUGUAAUGAAGUUUGAUUGUGUUACUGGUCCAAGGAGGGGUGCGGCUAAAGUAAUGCUGGCUUGUUACUGGCUUUCAUCCUCCGCUAGCUUCAAUGUCUGGCCAUCAACGAAUGUGUGAUCAAUGAUAAUAGAUUCUUUAUGACUACUGAUAGUACUGCUCUUUCACUGUAUUGCUCAAUAUUGAAGAAUGAUGGGGGUAGGGAGAAUAGUGACAGAUCUUAUAAAUGUGAAAGGAAAUAUGAAAGCUUAUACCACAGUUUUGUGCAGGGGUUCGCUGGAAGCAAUUUGUCCAGCCAUCUGUCUGACAGAUUCUGGACAACUGCUGCAGCAGCUUUCAUUGAAUCUUUUCCAGAAAUCACAAAUAUAUUAAGCACAUUUUGAAGUUGUGCAGCCUACAUUUAUUUUCUAUUUGCACCUUUUUAUGGCAGUUGUAAAGGAUGGAGGAGUUUAUUGUAACUUCUCUAAUAAACAUGGAAAGCAAUGCUGGGGAGGUAAUCAUAACAGCUGUGACAAAAAUUGAAGAAACUAUUGGGGAGGUAAUUGCAACUGCUCUGACACACAGGAAGAAAUAAUGAGGUGGUAAUUGUAAGACAUCUGACAAACAUUGAAGGAUGUUGGAGGCAAAUUGAACAGUUGUUGUAACAUGAUAUAGAAAUGUUUAUAUAGACAAAUACUCCAGAUGUUAUAUAAUCAUAUGUGUACACAUUAGUACAGGUACGAUUUUCUAUAAAAAAUGUCUCAGUUGAUAUUUUGGUAACUCUUUUGUGGAUGAACCAGAAAACCAACUUUUCAAACUGAUAAAUGUAUAAUAUUAUAAAUAGUUUAAUUUGGCCAAUUUGCCUAUCUAAGCAAUUAUUAUCAAGCCUGUACUAGUUUAUGGGUAUACCGAUUUACAGAAAGACUGACAGAACUUUUUGAUACUAUUUGUAGACCAAAAAUAAUUUAGUUUUGCUCUCUAAUUUUCUAUUAUUGUUGGAAAAAUAUGAUACAUCUAAAGUAGAGUAUUGGAGUAAUGAAAGUGCUAUUUUAAUUGCAAUUAAUUACAUUGUUUUUCAGGAUGGAGAUGAUUCUCCUAAAAUAUAUAUGACAUGUGGAUUCACUUCACAGUGGUCAUGUGAUAGUUAAAUGUGCCAAUGACAUUACAAGAUACAUGUAUUUACUUAAGAUGGAUUUAUAAUGUUCUGAUAAUUACUGAUAGCAGGGAUAACUAUUGAAGUAAAAUUAUAGGGUUUUACCAGGACUUGUCAGAUUGUAGUAUCAUAACCCAGAGUUCUCCCUGGAGAGAGAUCUGAUUGGACGAUAAUGGUGCAUGUUUAAUUACAAUAUAUAUAUAUAUAUACAGACUUGGUUCCCCUUAAGUCCCUUUGUAAAAUUUUUUGUCCAUUGACACAAGCAAAUUUUUAACUUGAUAAAAUCUCGAGUUCAGCAAUGAUAUCCUCAUUGGAGAUGCUAAUAUUGAAUAAAACAUUGAAGUGUUUUAGUUAAAAUCUGAUUAAGUGAAUGCAUUUACAUUCAUGUAUUAACAGUGUUUCAAUUUUUACAAGCGGUGCUGGAAUGGUUAGAACCAUGCUUUUAUUGAUGUCAUUGGUCAGGUAUGUGAUAAACUUGCCCUAUGAUAUAUUUUGACCAAUAUUUAUGGGAUACAAAUAUCCCAUUUAAAUUUUUUUUAAAUUUAGGCAGUGGUAAAUGUAGAAUGUUUAUGAGCUUGUUAUUAAGAAUUACAUUUACAUGAAAUGUUUUAUCAUUUCCGUCCGGAAAUCUUAGACAUUUAUUUAGCAUUCUUAUACAUUAAAAGUGCAUAUAAUGUUUUUGUGGUAGAUUUCAUUGUAGUCAUUUGGACUUGUGGUGGAGACUGUAUUCAACAUUUUUAUCAAUGUGACUAUAUGACAAUGUGUUACUCUAAAACAUAUACUUGUGUGGAAAUUAAGGUUUUAUUUAAAGUGACAUGACUAUGUUGAUGAGGAUCCCCAAAACCAGGGAUGCAUAUAUACGUCCAGGAGUAAACUGCAGAUAUCACGGUGGUUUUUUUUCCAGUUUUAAUUUGCUUUUGGUGGAGUCUUUUUUUGUCAUAAAUUGCCAAGCAGUGUUGAUUGUAAUAUCUAUAAAGACAAUCAAUGGGAAGCAUGUUACAGUUAUUGUUCCUAUCAUAAGUUAAAAUCUUAUACAAAUUUCUUUCUUUUAUUUUUCUUUAUUUAGAUCUUUUCCUUUAUUUCUAAGGUACAAUUCGCCUGUUAAAACCUUAAGUGAACUGUAGUGAUGGGAAUUGGUUUUACUUUCAGAAUGGAUAAUAGGAAACUCGAAAUGUAUCAAUUAUAAUCGGUUUCCUAAAUUUAGCACAGAAUUGGCCUUUCGUAGAUGUACAUUUCAAGUCCAUUUAUGAUACGUCUUAGCCAUUUUUAUCAUUAUUUUUUAUAUUGAACACAAAGAAAGUAUUUAAUGGUUGUCAAUAUAUUUAAAUAUCCUUAAUCGCUUGUAAAUGAACACUGAAUAUAUUGGUAAAAUAUAAGAUCUACUUCAUGGUUCAAUAACAUCACAAAAAUACAUGAAGCCAAAGAUUUACAAACACUUUCACUUUCAGAUUAAUUGCUUUUAAAAAAUCGUCGUCGUCGAUGAUCAGUUGUUUUUUUUUUUUUAUUGUUUUUUAUUAUUUUCAUUAACCUACCACUAGUUACUUGUAGAAUCUGAGUGAAUGCUUCAGUCUCUAGACCGAAUGCUGAAGUUAAGGAAUGAAUUUCCUAUUAAUACUGGUCAGUUUAGAUAGCUACAUCUAAUUUUGUUUAUUUUAUGUUUAUUAUGUUUUUGUGAACUACACAAAGUUUUGUUAAGGUAGGAAGCACUUGUGCUCUGUAGAAAUAACACGUUUUCCAUAAAAUUUUGUUUUUGAUUCACAUUUUCAGUAUAGUGUUAAAAGUGUAAAUUACACAAUGAUAUUUUUUCAUAUGGACAUGAUCACAUUGGUGUGUCGCAUUAUGUAAGAUAUAGUCUUUUUAUAAGACGAGUUGUCGAGUUUUGCCUUUAUAUAUAUACACAAACA